AUGGGCUCUCCUAUUUUUCCUGUAAUCGCCAACAUCUUCAUGGAGCAUUUUGAGAAAGAGGCCCUCAGAAAAACAUCUAAGAAACCAGAAGUUUGGUUCCAUUAUGUAGACGAUACAUUCGUGAUACGGCAGAGCCGAACUCCAGCUUUCACCAUCUCUGACAAAGAACAUCUACAGACAGAACUCAACCACUUAAAACUAGCCUUACAGAAAAACGGACACGACAAAAAAGACAUAAUCAAAACAAUCAAUAAACAUGCAAACAAGACAACGGUCUCCGACAUACAAUCAGACGAAAGGAUUUUAGCCAUUGUCCCAUAUCAAGGAAUAACAGAUCAGUUUGGCAGGAUAUUAAACAAACACAAUAUCCGAACUAUCUUUAAACCACUCAAAAAGAUAGGACAAAUUUCGAGAAAUUCUAAAAAUCAACGACCACCUCUACUCAGCUCAGCAGGAAUAUACAAAAUACCUUGUUCCUGCGGACAAGGUAUACAUUGGAGAAACCGGAAGAAUGGUCAACCUACGGAUAAAAGAACACCAAUGUGA